UCCACUAGGUGGAGCCGCGCACUGAAGCGAAGACGAAGAAGAAGGGCGGUUGUUUUCCGCCGCUGGCGCCAUUUUUAAAGCUCCGUAACAGUUGUUGCUGUCACGGUGCUGUCCGGUUUCGCCUUUGGUGACAAAUAACUCCCCCGGUGUGUCGUGACCUCAGAAGACGAUGGAUCACCUGGAUUCCUCGGAGGAGGAAAUCCUGCAGCCGCUGGCUGACCUCGGUCUGGAGGAAGUGAAAAAUCCUUCUGAGGAAACUCAGACGAGUCCUCCUUCUUCUGCUGAAGAAAAAGUAAGUGAAGAAUCCUUCAGAAGCUCUGAAGGAUUCUUACAGGAGGAAGGAGAAGAUGAAGAGCAGCUGCUCAGCACUCAUACGAUCGGAGGUUCUGGAUCCCAGCAGGACUCCUACGCUCGGACCUCUGUGGCUCCAAAGCUCCGCCUCCUGACCCGGCAGCAGGUGGAGCCGGGUGAGGAUGAGGAUGAAGAUGAGGACAAAGCUGACUCGUCUGACAGCUCAGACUCACGGCAGAGGCGGUUCCCCAAGAAGAAGGUUCUGAGGGAACCGUCUCUGAUCUGUGACGAGCAGAAGGCUGACCGUCAGUUAGAGCGCCUGGCGGAUCUCUUCGUUCCUGCAGGGCCGUGUGGGCGGGACUUGGAGGCGGAGACAGACGACUUGAGCCCCUCCCCCUUCUCAGAGGAGACUGGCAGCGUCUCUACGAGCGGCAUCAGACCAAGCACCAGAACCACGACCCGAACGCGCAGCGAGGGCGACCCGCGACACCGGUCCUUCGUCCGACCCGUGAGGAUCGAGUGGACGAACGACUCUGACCCAGUGACGUUGUAUUACAAGUACAAACGGUUCUGGGAGAGUUUCAUACGUCCUUGGGACAGAGAAAGGAGGGCUCUUCGUUGGGAGAUUCAGAAGCAGCUGGUCUAUCAGCCUCCACCUCCGAGACGUCGCAGAGUUUUUCAGUCCAACCCCCACGUCAUUGCGAUGGAGAAAAAGCGCUCGGAGAUCCGCAGGGAGAUCAGGAACCGUCUCGCCAGCUGCCAUCCGCCACUGAAGUCCAGCCACUGGCGAUGAGGCUGCAGCUCUUCUAGGAUCUAUUCAGCUCUGAAAGCAGCAGCAGAACCGAUCAACCGUCUGAAUCUACAACUCUGAUGUCCAUUGCUCUUGAAAUUUCCGAGAAGCCUCUGCGGGAAAUCCUCAAUCCUCAAUAGAUUGGGUAAUUAAGACGAUAAUACAUUGAACAAUUUUGGGGGAUAAAUGAGAAUUUUUUUUUUUCUUUUUCUUUUAAUAUAAGCAUCCAUGUUUCCAUUAGGCUGCACAAUGGUGCAGUGGUAAGACCUCUCGUAUCACUGUGAGAAAACUCUAGUUUAAAUCUCAGCGUUCCCAUGUGUGCAUCAGUAAUAUAGAGUAUGAUGUCUGAAUCG